UGGCGUUACUUUAGAGUGAUUGAAUUCAGAAUAUUAAAAAUCAAGUUAUCCUACUUAUCUGUUAGAAGUGAAUAUUUAUUGUUUGAAGGUAAACUCAAUUUUCCCGCUUAUUGCAAUAAUUUUUUUUAUGAAACACGUAUCUCAAGGAGUGUACAAAUGUGGACAGACAUUACUCUUUUUUAAUAGAUCUUUGGUAAAACAAUUCUUGUUCAAACUCGUUAAGAAAAUAGAAUCAAAUAGAUUCUAGAUAUUGCUAGUUUUUUUUUGAUUUAAUUCAUUUAAAAGACGAAGGUAUGGGCAACACUGUAGUGAUACGACAAUGAAAAUCGAUAAAAUAGACUCAAUAAGCGAACUUGCGGGAUUCGACAAAUUACUGCUAGAUAGUUCACUUUCACAUCAGGAUUUUUCAAAAGACAAAGUUUUGAGAAAAAACAAUAGCUUUAAAGACUUUAAAACGAGUAGAACAUUCGUUAAUUCGUCAAAGUAUCAAGUAUCUAAAAAAGAAGAAAAUGGUUUAAAAGGUGAAAUUUAUAGAUGUAAAGGGUUUUGGAGGAAAGUAUGGGCAUUGGAAUAUUUUAUUAUACAGUGCAAUCUCUUCAUUACCUAUACAAAAGAAGCACCCUAUUCAAUUAAAUUAUGUGUACCUUUCCAAAAUGUUAUUUCCAUUCAAAUCGAAGAUAACGGAAUAAUUAUUAAAUAUACACAUCUUCAACGUGGUCGACAUGUGAGAGAAGCAUACGUUAAAUUAAGAGAAGCGCGUGAUUCUUUGAAAACCUUGUUUGAUCAAUUGAAUUAUUUUUGGUUCAAAGCUAAAAAAAGUAAAACAAUGUUUCUACAGUAUAUUGAUCGUUAUGAAGCUGUGAAUAAAAUUGAUGCAUUAUAUGAUCUAUUUAAAACAACAAGCAUUGAUAACUUUUUUUGGAAAUUAGAGAUGUUUUUACAAAAACAAUCAUACGAUCGUCUCAAAUUGGCGUUGCAAUCAUUGCGUCAAUUGGCACAGGAAAAUAUUAAAAAAACGCAACGUUUUCAAAACAUGAAACGGUUUUCUCUAGUUUUCGUUAAAACCCUUCAUUUCUAUUUGCAUCAAAUUUUUUUUUUAUAUCAAGAAAACCUUAACUUGAUACAAUCAACUCGUUUGAAAGAAGAGGCUAAAACUUCCUUUACUAAUAUGCUAGUUAAUCAUACGGAAAGUAUAGCGGAAAAAAAAUACCUUCUUUUUGAGACACGAGUAACACAGGUUUUUAAAGUGCUUCAUUUAAGAUUUAUGCGAUCUAGCUUUUCCCAUUUAAAGUUUGUACACCAUUUAAAUCAAAAUUCCAAGCUUGUAGCUAAGACCACUCUGAAAUGUUUCCUACUCAAAAAAGCCACAUCAAAAUUAAUGACGAUGAAGCAAGUUCUUUAUUUGUGGAAGCAUUCAAGCUAUGUUUCUACUAUGCGUAUAGAUGUUUUGAAACGUCUUAUUAAAACACGCUGCACAACCAGACAUUUUUCUAUUCUGUAUCAAUGGAGAAAUUUAACUCAUACUGCACACUGCCGUUUACAAUUUGCGUUUCAGCAGCUUACAUCUUUUGUUCAACAUUAUAAUACAUCCAAUGUUCAAAUGGCUCUUCAUUUACUUGGCCGAUAUGCACUCCAAAAACAACAACUUAAACAACUUGUUUCAAUAAGCAACGUUGUACAGGUGAACGAUACCUUGUUGAAAAAAUGCAAUACUUUUUUUAAAGAAAAGUCAUGUUACCAAUUAACGUUUGUAUUGCGUAAACUGUGUCGAGUUCAAAUUCUUUUAUUUUUUCGUUGUUUUUACAAUGUCAAUCCAUCACAGAGGCGUCGAAAUAUAUGUUACGGUAUUUUGUCCCUGGAGCAUGCGCAACUUCGUUUUUUACGCCAUGGGUUUGAAAUGCUUAGGCAAGCAUCACGUCAAUUCAACGAAACAAAACUUAAAAAAUAUUUAGCAACAACUCAAUUUUUGAACAAAAUGGACGAAAUAAUCCAAAGAAAUCUUUCCCAGUAUUUCUGUUGUUGGAAACAAAAAAAAAUACACAAUGUUUUAUAUACAAAAAUACAAACAAUAAGUAGAGUUAUGUAUCGUUGUCAGCUACGUCAAUACACUAUUUCUUUUGGUAUGUUAUCACGAAAUGCUCUUGAAAAAUCAAUGAUACGUGGUCUACUACGUGUACGACAUUUGGAAAAAUUUUCCCAGUAUUGUGAACGUUAUUGCUUGAUUUCUAUGACAAAGAUGUUUAUGCAAUGGAAAAAUUGGUCCCGAAGCAAAAGAGAGUAUCCCACAAGUUAUCUUCCACAAUGGGUGCAACAAAAUUACUCUCAAGUUAAGCCAUUUAAUACUCAAUCAAAUAGAAUCUCAAGUAUUUGUUACAAUCAAACGACAAGAGUGCCUCAUAAAACAACAUUAACCUUUGCAGUGUAUCCUGAAUUACAACAAAUACCUUCUAAUUUUAGGUUAUCACAACCUCAUACUGCACGAAAAAUUGCCACAAAAGAGUCAAUCACUCCUAAAGUUGUUUGGAAACGAAAUUUUAAUGAUUCGGUGGAAACUAUACUCAACUAUGCCCCAUAUCGUCCGGAGUAUAAAAGUCUUGCUUUUCUUCAUUCAGCUAAUGGUCAAAUCGUAAACCCAGGAUUUUGACAAAAAGGGAACUUCAGCUUGUUCAUUUGUUUUUAGCAACUCUCUUUUGAAACAUGUUUCAACUGCUCUUGUUGUUAAAAAAAAAAAA